AAGACGCAGAUGUACCUGUAAAUCCAGAUUCCCGUCAAGAACUUGCCCAAAAUACACGCGCAGAUUAUAAUUGCGUGCGGUGCGGUGCGGUGUGAUGCGAACACAGGGCUUUGAUGUCGCCGCCACUGAACUUGGGGAGGAUAUUUCCGAUUUCCUGUGUGUGAAAUCGUUUCUUAUUGAGCUUCCUAUUGGCUACUUGAUUUGUCAGCCAUCUGGAAAUUCUAUUUAGCUUACAGGAGGAUUAUAGGAGUUUCCUACUGAAUUGGGGAGUUUGAUAACCGUGUUUCGGUUUCAUAAGAAUAAGCGAUGCGUGACAAAACGCUACCUUUAAUUCAAAAGCGAGUCUAUUGCAAAAGGUAAUUCCCCUAAAAUUAUCAUAAUGCUUUAAAUAUAUUCACCAAGCGACCAAUCAGAACCGGCGUUACUAAAAGUAAUUGAUCCGACUCGUGACGUCACGUCCGACAUUUUCCUACUUGGGCGAGCAAGAGUUGUUUUACUUCAGACAGAACCAGCAAGUUCGAGGCUGAGGACCUGAAGUACCUUUUGCUCGGUUUGGAUUACACUGCAGAGAUGGGGCUCGUUACAAAUUGCGCUAUUUUCUUAGGAUUACUCCAGCCCAUGACCUCUGCUGACCGCAUGCACCCACACCGGGUCCGGCCUUUCAGAUGUCUCGUGGGUGGCUUCCAGUCGGACGCUCUCCUAGUCCCCCAGCACUGCGUGUUUGACCACCGCCACGACCAGCGCGUGUGUCAGGGCUUCUC